AAUUUUUAGAUGAGGUGGGCUUUUUAUAACCCUUAGAUAUAGGUCCUGGGAAUGCAGCGGAGAGAUCCCCAAAUCCUCCAAUAAAAAAUUAGGGUUGCAAAUUAAUACUGAGACCUGCCAUCUACCAUCAAAACUGGAUGAGUCUUGUGACCGAUUCUCCGGUACACUCAUCAAGCAGCGACGACUUUGCUGCAUUUCUUGACGCGGAGUUAGAUUAUACUUCUGAUACUUCACCACACGAAGACGACGACGAGGCCGACUAUGACUCCAAUGUAGAGAAGAGGAUUAAAAGGUGUAAGGUGGUUUUAGAAAAAGUAGAAGAUUUUCAAGGUUCAACUUCACUUGGUGCUCCAGAAAAAUGUCUAGAAGUGUCUGUAGAGAAGGAUAUGUGUGCACAUCCCGGCGAUAUUGGAGGAAUGUGCAUACGUUGUGGCAAAAAGAUGGAUGAUGGUUCUGGUGUGCCAUUGGGGUAUAUACAUAAGGAUUUAAGGCUCACUGAGGAUGAAAUUGCUCGAUUACGCAACAAAGACUUCAAGAAUUUAUUAUGUCAUAAAAAACUUUACUUGGUUCUUGAUUUAGAUCACACACUGCUUAAUUCAACUAGAUUCCUAGAUGUAACACCUGAAGAAGAAUAUUUAAAGAGCCAGAGAGAUUCUUUGCAAGGAAGCCUGUUCAGAUUAGACUUCAUUCACAUGUUGACCAAGUUGCGGCCUUUUGUUCGCACAUUUUUAAAAGAAGCAAGCAACUUAUUUGAGAUGUACAUAUACACAAUGGGUGAGCAGUCAUAUGCAAUGGAAAUGGCAAAGCUGCUUGACCCUGAAAAGUUGUAUUUUGACUCUAGAGUCAUUGCAAAAGAAAAUUGCACACGGAUGCAUCAGAAAGGUCUUGAUGUGGUGCUCGGUGCAGAAAGUGCCGUGCUGAUCCUUGAUGAUACAGAGCAAGUUUGGGUGAAGGAUAAGGAGAAUCUGAUACUGAUGGAAAGAUAUCAUUUCUUUGCUUCGAGUUCUCGACAAUUUGGCUUCAAUUGUAAGUCUCUUUCUGAGCUAAAAAGUGAUGAAAGUGAGGCUGAUGGAGCCCUUAAUACUGUUCUUAAAGUUCUCAAGCGUGUCCACAGUAUGUUCUUCGACCCGGAACUUGGGGACAAUCUCGAGAACAGAGACGUAAGGCAGGUGUUGAAAACAGUGCGGAAGGAAGUUCUGGAUGGGUGUAAAGUUGUAUUUAGUCGGGUUUUCCCAACUAAAUUCCAGGCUGAAAAUCACCCCCUCUGGAAGAUGGCGGAGCAGUUGGGAGCCCUAUGCACCACAGAACUCGAUCCUUCGGUGACACACGUGGUGUCUACAGACACUGGAACGGAGAAGUCCCGCUGGGCAGUGCAAGAGAAGAAGUUUCUGGUCCAUCCACGGUGGAUAGAAGCUUCAAACUAUUUGUGGCAAAGACAACCUGAAGAGAAUUUCCCUGUUAAGCAUAUGAAAAAUUAGUUAUGGCUCCCAAUGACAUAUAAUAAUACCUAAAUGGGUGUAAAGUUGGUUUCUAAGUGUUUUUUUUAAAAAAAUUUUUUAUAGAGGAGUCAACUUAUAGAAAUGUAGUGGCAAUUUUGAAUCUCUGCUUAAAUGCUGGUGGUCAGGGAUAAUGAUUAAUGUACUUUUCAUAUACACUUUAUCUUUUGUUGUAAUCUUUUGUUGUUUUAGUGUUGUUAUUGUGAACAUCUUCUGACAGUAUGAAUAUCAAAUUUUUAUUUUUAUUUUUA